AUGGGGAUGUCUAAGAGGAUGAAGACGGAUGCCAGGGCUGGCUCCAGGCACCAUCAGAAGCCUCCUGACCCACCAACACCACGUGAAGAUGUAAAGGAAGAUAAACCAGUGGCAGUUCGGGCUGCCGCCGCUGUCUGUUGCAGCUCAGAUGGUGCUGACGUGGCAACCACGCAGCCCAUCAAAGCUGUAGAAACAGAUCCUGAUUUUUUGAGAUGGACGGUUGAUGAUGACAUUCUUCUGAAGAAUGCAAUGGAGGCAGGGUUUGCGAUCGAGGCCAUGGCUAAGGGGGCCAUCGAGUUCUCCCAUCGUUUCUCUGCGGCGGAGCUGAUAAAGCGGUGGCGGGCGCUUCUUUAUGACCCACAUGUGGCUGGCGGCGGUGAGGGCGUGGGAGUUGAUGGGAAGCCUCGCCGGCUGGACAGUGUGAGGAUGCAUUAUCGAAGGUGGAAACGAAAGCGGUUGGAGGAAGAGAAUUGGAAAGCAAGAGCAACAGGGGGAGGGGCCCAACUGAAUGCCGCUGCACCGAUCGGCUGCUCGCCGGCUGUUCUUGCAGGCUUGGAGCAUGCCCAAAUGGCCUUGGCAGGCGUCCUUGGGAACACAAAUGGGACGGUGAACGGGGCUGGGGGUGACGAUAUGAGUUGCAUGAUGAUUAGCGAUUUUCUAGGUGGGGGAGGGCUUGCCAGGAACGAUGAAGGUUUGUUGGGUGCCGGAUCUCUUCCCUUGGGGGACUUGAUGGAGAUGGGUGGCGACGAGGGGGCAGCCCUGAGCUUGCUGAUGUCGCUGCCGCAAAAUGCGAAGGAGGCAGAGAUGUUUGGCUUGCUUGCUACCAGUGGAAUUGAUACUUCAGCUGAAGUAUCCAUUCCAACGAGGGUUAUGCAGUCCGUAGCAGAAAGUGGACCGAUGGGACUAUGUCCUAUAGUGGCGGGUGCGCCUACUGCAUUUGCCUCCGCAGGACAGUUUGGACUGGGAACAGUUAUGGGAUUUCCGGGAGCGGCGAUGAGCGGAGUCGUGCCAACUGCUGCUCUGUUAUCGGAUGAUGGCGGGAGCUUCUACAUUGGAGAGGGAGGGGAGAGUUUGCUGCUACCUUCUGGUUUGCAGGAUGACCAUCAGAUGAACCAUCACGCUGCAGGAGCGGGAGCGGGAGCGGGAGGGAUGAUGCCUGUGAUAGGAAUUCCGAGCAUGGCGGGGGAAUAUUUGAAAACUGAGGAGGAGCAGGCGGCAGAAGCAGAGUUUCUUGUUGCGGCCAUGGACACGAGAGUAAGCGAAUUCCCAGAAGGAGGGAUGGUUGGCGGCAGCGAGGAGGAGGCAGCGUUGGUUAUGGUGAAAGAGGAGGGUGGAGAGGUUCUUGGUGGGUGGUGUGCACCUGCAGCCACUCUGAUAAACGGCCGGGAGUCUCUGGGUCUGGGAAACACAAACGACUGUGUCGCGGAGAAGCUUUCUUCAAAGAUCAGAAAUGACCAGUGUCCUGCGAUGAAGGAUGUCCGGAGCAAACAGGGUGUUCUUGUCGUUGGCAAAGAGAAGGGGACGGCCGCACAGAACAGAGGGGAGGAAAUGGAAAAAUACAUGGAGCAGGCAGACGAGAGAAGGGAAGUUGAACUGUUUCUGAACGUCGACAUACCGAAUGUCGAAGAAGACGAAGAAGAUGUACCCGGUAUUUCUUCUUCUGAGGUUGGUCAGUCUGCUGCCAGGAAUCAGAAGCUGGCAGACAGUGGCGAUCACGCAGGGAGAGUUACAUUGGGCAUGGAUCUGGAGGCAAAGGGCGAGGUUCGUGAGCAAAUUGACGGCUCGUCGUUCCUUCCAGAUGAAGGAAAACGUUCACGGAUAGAGUCGAAAACGACUGCCAGCGCAGUCUCUAGCAACAAAUCCCCACUCUGUUCAUUGGAUCAGGCUGUGGUGGAAGGCGAUCGUGCCUCUGCCGUGGCAAAGACGGGGGAUGGUAACAACGUAGAAGGUGGAAAACGAGCUGUCAGCGUUGAUGCCCCUUCUGCUGCUAUGCUUCUGGUAAUUGAACCCUCUCGAAUGACAGGGUCAAAAAACGUUCCAGAAAUUUCAACACGCAGCGGCAACCAUAAGGUUCUUGAAAGAAACCGUCACGUGCCCAUGGCUGCAUUGGAAACAACUGGCAGCCCUAGACAACAAAGCACCGCUUUGAACAUGAGCAUGGCAGAGGGCGCACCGCAUCGGGAGAACACAGGGCUGGUCGCUGUUGAAUCGAGAAGUAUGCGACUGUCAGAAGAUGGUAGUGCUUUCGACAAAGGCAGCUAUGGAAACCCAGCACAGGUUGCCGAGGUGCGAGUGCCGGAUGGUGCCUUUCGAAACGAGCAGCUAGGAGAAGUACGGAAGCAGGUUCAUGAGCCUUCUCCUUUGCGGGAACCGGUAUUACGUGGGACAGUUACAAACAAUUCAAUGACACUGAUUGGAGAUGGCAGCGAAGAAGAAAAACCACCGAAGCUCAUGGUAUGCCCAGGAUCGAAGGAGGAUGCGAUGGUGGAGAAGACGUUGACUGGGCAGGAAGACGGGAAGGGAAUUGUGAAAGCGCACGAAUGGAACGAAGGACUCGUCCGAUCGCAGCAGGGGGACUCAGCGGAGGCGUCUCAGGGGAAGUGUGGCGGAGGAAGUGGGCAGGUGAUGACAAUGAAAAUUGUCAAGGUGAAGAAAGAGCCCAUUGCAGAAGAAGAGAUUCCUCCUCCUCCUCCUCCUCCUGCUGCAGAUGACGGCCUCGGCAGUGUCAUGAUGAUGAGCCACCUGGCAUCUGAGUCAGGAAAUUUUUCAGACGACCUUGUUAUCGCCAGUCCCGAUGGGUGUCUUGAUCUUCUGGCCACCGAUUUGGACGAACACGUCGCUACUGAUUCUGUUCCAGAAAUGCGGCAUCUCUCGUCAGUCCUUGCCACACCGCAGUCGUCGAACUUGGCAGCUAGCAGUUCGAGAAAUUCCGCGUCCUUUGCAUCCCAAGUAGAGACGGGCAGUGCUUACAUAACGCGCGGACCUGCCUCGUCCUCAGUGAGUGCUGAAGCAAAACCUGGGAUCAGGAAGCAUGUAGAGGGUAUCGUGCCAGAAAUCAACUCGAUCAUGAACAUGAACUUGGCGUCAAUCGUAAGUGACCCGACCAGUGUGCGAGGCCUCAGGCAAACCUGCGGGCUGCAGACGACUAUGUUGAAUGAUGUCGACUCUGGACCUAUACAGAGUUUGGGUGAAGUUGCCAUGCCAGGGGGCCCUGCCUGUGGGAGCACCACAACAGUAGCAGUAUGUCACACAAAUGGUGGUGCGAAGGCGCUCUUUGCAUCAAGCUGCAGCAGUGACAUGGUACGGAACUCACAAACGACAGCCACGGGCGAUGGUGUCUCGCUGCAGCACCUCGGCAUGUGCAAGCCUCUGCUACCACCUCUCAUUGGAUCUAUCAUCCAAGAGGAACCUGGCAUGGUGGCAAUUCCGGGAGCCAAUCGUUUCCGAGGCAACCAGAGCGGUGCGGCUUGUCUUGCAGAUCGUGCCACUUCCCAACCCCAGCCAGAAGCACCGACUGCCACAGCGCAGUAUAUCAACCCCACAGAUGCACCCGAAGGUGGCGGCAACAGUGCCGCCCAUCACGCUAUCGUAGCAGCAGGUGGAUCGAUCACGAAUGGAGGCGGCUGCACCUCACGAGGUGGAGGGAUGGCGUGUAAAGGUACAAUUGGAGAUUCCGCAGCUGGAGACGGACAACGCAUAUCGAACCAAUCCAUGAAAGGAGAGAACAAGGAUGAUAGAACGUCAGAUGAAUUGGAGAGUGAUGGCGACGUGCCGUCCUUCUCGGAUGUGGAGGCUAUGAUUCUGGAUAUGGAUUUGACGCCUGCCACUGGACUGAAAGGGAUGUCUGCACGGGGAGAGUCUAGACGCAUAUUCAAUCGCCAUAAGCGUGCAAUUGUACGGUUGGAACAAAUGGCCGGAGAAGCGAUAUCGAGAGCUAUGACUGCGGAACAUGCAUUUGCAGCUCUCUAUGGGAAGGCCAUCAGAUAUCUGAUGAGAAAGCCAGAGAUAUCGCUGGGGCGAGCAACACUUGAUUACGCAGUUGAUGUUGAUCUAGGACGGGAAGGGAAAGCAAAUAAAGUAUCGCGCCAGCAGGCUUACAUCAGAUUAAAGCAGGACGGAUCGUUUUGCUUGAGGAAUGUCGGGCGUCGGGUUCUUCUUGUAAAUAAUCAGCCGAUUGAGAUAGGUCAGCGGACAAAGCUCGAGAACAACAGCUUAAUUGAGGUCGGAGGGAUGCGGCUCAUUUUUGAAAUCAACAGGCAUUUGAUGCCGAAGGCAGCGGUGGAAACUGUGUGUCAGGAAGAUAGCAAAAAACAAGCUCCACAAGGAUCGUAAUCGACGGCGCUAAGUGUUGCGAGCAUGGUGUCCCUCUCCCCCCUCUCCAUGGCUAGCAGUAGUUUGUUUUAUCCGGAAGCCGACCUGUGGCGCAAUCUGUGUGACGACAACAAGAGCACGGCGAAAAGCAAUCUCUACAGGGACCGUCUUCACACUGCCGACCGUUUGAAGGCCUACGGUGUCAUGUUCUCCCUUCCCCCCCUGUGGGAGGGGUGGUUUUCACCCCUUCUCCUCACGGUACUUUGGUCUUUGCCACACCCCUCGUGAAAUGGAAAAAUGCAAGUGUAUCUUUCAGGAAAACAAAAGAAAAAGUGCAGUAAAAUGUAUCAGUUCGC